AUGCCACUCUUAACAACGACGGAGCCUCAACUGGUGGAACCCACCCCUCUCCCUCCCAACCUGCCUCCGGCAGCCUCCUCUACCACCAAAACUGGCGCUCCCCUCUCCCUCUCCAACUCGCUCGCCCCCGUCGAUUUAUACAACCGUGCCUCCUCCGACCCCCUCGACCCUCGUGCGCUCUUCGACCUCUUCGAUGACUGCAUGGCCUCGCACCGGUGGACCGAGGUCAAGUGCCUCUUCGGGACCUGGGUCCGCACCCUCGACAAGAAUGGCAAACCCAACAGUCCCGACGUCAACCUCUUCAACCACUACCUGUUAGGAUCGAGCGCUUACCACUAG